UUAUUCCCUGAGGUUCUGUGGAAAAGAGCAAUGUCUUCUUCUCUCUCUUUCAAAAUGAUUAGAGACCACACAAGCUUCGAUUCCAGGUGGAAUUUUGGAUGGAUACAGAGUAUAACAAGUGAGCAAGGAGCGAACCGCAGGAUCACCAUCCGUCAAUCCAAACCCUUAUGGAUAGAUAAGGAGAAGACGAAACAAGCUCUGAAACUCUGCUUGAAAAUGAACUAGGUACACACACAGCAGAUUCAACCGGCCAUAAAAUGCUAAUUCAAUCCUUCUACAAUAGUACCUCACUCUAUCCUGUUCGUCUCGACAACAUCACUAGAAGCACCGCUUGUCUUACUAGAGCCAGCAAGAACUGCAGCCUCGUAGCUACCAGCAUCUUUGCCGCUGCAGUGGUCAUAGCCUCAGCCGCAGCCGCGGCCGCACCGCCGGAUGAUGAGACUUUGUCUAAUAUACCGCAAACGCUUUCUGGUGAAUGUGCAGAAGUCAAGGAUUGCCGCAAGCCAAGGAUUCAACGUCCUAAAUCUAGGAAAGCUGAGUCCUGUACUGUCAAGUGUCUCACCACUUGUAUUCGAGGCGGAGAUGGCUCGCCUGGAGAGGGACCUCUCAACCUAAGAAGACCGCUAGUGGUUUUCAAGCAAGGAUUUCGAAGCCGUCAAUACUGGUAACGUUUCUGAUUGAUUCAUAUUAUCUUUAUUAUCAAUAAAUAUAUUAUACAGUAUUAUAAUCAAUUUUAGGGAACCUUACUCUUUGCAUAUACGGUGAUAGGAUCAGGAAUAACUUGCUAAUAAACAACUGUUUUUUUUUCCAAAUCUUUGUUAUUUUUUAUUGAUGGAAGAUCUUAGGUCCUCCAAUUUCAUUUGGCGUUUGAAAUGGGUACCUCAAACUUACAAGUAAUUCCUUUUACUAGCAUCCUGUGUCAUGAUAUAUAUUCUCAUCAUGUGUUUCAAUAGUUGUAGUUGGUGCCAUUAAAAACGAAUAUCUUAUCGUUCAAGAUCCUCUGGAGUAUUGUCAUUACAUUUCUGCCACUAGGGUUACUCUUUCUUGCCAUGGAAUUGAUAUGACCCGGUUAUUUCUAUCUGUUACAUAUGAGUUCUUCUUUCUUGAAGUGAUUUACUCUCAGGUCUCAUCUUAAGAAAUCCCUUAUUCUUUUUUAUUUCUUUAAAAUUUUCCUAUUAAUGUGAGAAGUUUUUAUGAUCUAAACUAUUUUAGCCUUUCAUCACUUGCUUUUUGUUGAUUUCUAAGAACAAUGAUCUUCUUUCCUUUUGGUUGCUUGGUCAUUUUUAAUUAUGAUUAUCUCACCAGUCACUAUGAUUAGGAAUGAUAAUAGGUCGAGCUUUGUGUGAGUUUCAUGUAGUUGAACCAAACCCGACUUUAUAUAUAAAAAAUCUGAACCUGCUCCGGUAUUCGUGCAGUUUCAUCAAAUGUACUUUUUUUUCGCCCCCACCGGAUUUUUGAUGAAUCCAGAUUCGACCCAUAUAUUAUGUUUAUAUACAUUAUAUAUACAUAUAUUUAAUUAAAAUAAAAAUAUACCUGGAUUGGGUUUAUACGGAUUUUUCUUCUAAACUUGAACUCAAUCCGAUUUUAAUAGAAACAUUAACAUACUGACCAACCCAUUUUUUUUUUGGGUAAGGGAUAGAUUGUAGCGAGUUGAUUGGAAUUCACCUGGUCAUGGUUUCUUUUAUUUUUUAUUUUACCAUUCUUAACAAUGAUCUCCAGAGGUCAUUUAGUACCCUCUGUGGAUGUAUCUUUGGUUGUUGUAGUGUUGCUAACUUUGGCUUCCAUGUAUUAGAGAGUGACCUUAGAGGAGGCUUGCGUCUUGUGGAUAUAUCUUUGGUUAUUGUACGGUUGAAAUACAUUCUGUUAUUAUUUAUUUUUGUUUAAUGUAUUUUUUGUCUUG